GCUCCAGGAAGCCGGAGAGGGCGCGGCGGCCGGGAUGGCGCGGCUCGGGCCGCGCGGCUAGACGGCGCCAGAGGAGCCGCUGGCCCGCGCCCUCCGCUCUGCCGACUCUGUGCGGGGCCGGCAGCGACCGCGCCGCGGGGCGCCUCCUUCGCUGACGCCGGACACCUGGACCUUCGUGAGCGAGAUGCCCAACCCCAAAAACAGCAAAGGCGGCCGCAAAAACAAGCGUGCCAACAGCAGCGGAGACGAGCAGGAAAAUGGAGCCGGGGCCCUGGCUGCGGCGGGAGCGGCGGGCGCGGCGGCCGGGGGGGCCCUGGCGGCGGUGGCUGGCUGCGGGGCGGCGGCGGCGGGCGCGGCGGGCACCGGGGGCACGGCGGGCAACGGAGGUGCAGGGACCGGAGCCGCGAACGCCGCGGCCGCCACUGGGGCUGCUGCCGCGGGAGACGCCAAGAACGAAGCCCCAUGUGCCACGCCCUUGCUCUGCAGCUUCGGGAGACCAGUGGACCUGGAGAAGGAUGACUAUCAGAAGGUGGUGUGCAACAAUGAGCACUGCCCUUACAGCACCUGGAUGCACCUGCGGUGCUUCUAUGAGUGGAUCCUGGCACAAUUCAACUGCACUGGCCGGGCUCACAGCUGGAAUGAGAAGCAGUGCSGUCAGAACAUGUGGACCAAGAAGAGCUAUGACCUGGCCUUCCGAUUCUGCUCCUGUCACUGUGGUCAGGGCCACUUAAAGAAGGACACAGACUGGUACCAGGUGAAGCGGAUGCAGGACGAGAAAAAGAAGAAGUCUGGGUCAGAGAAGAACACAGGGAGGCCUCCAGGGGAGGCUGGGGAGGACAAAAAAUGCAGGCCCCCAAAUAAGUCUCAGAAAGGCCUGAACCAUGAUCUCCCCCGACGACAUUCCAUGGACCGGCAGAACUCCCAGGAAAAGGUCGUCAGUGCCACAGCCUAUGGUGCCCGUUCCCCUUGUGGCUCCCCUGGCCAGUCCCCACCUACUGGCUAMUCUAUCCUUUCCCCUGCCCACUUCAGUGGUCCCCGCUCCUCCAGAUACCUUGGGGAAUUCUUAAAGAAUGCCAUCCAUCUUGAGCYUCACAAAAAGGCCAUGGCUGGGGGCCAUGUUUUCAGAAAUGCCCACUUCGAUUAUGCUCCAACUGGGUUAUCUGUUCACAGGGGGGGAYACUUUGAUACCCCUGUACAGUUCCUACGGCGGCUGGACCUCUCUGAGCUCCUCACUCACAUCCCCAGGCAUAAGCUGAACACUUUUCAUGUAAGGAUGGAAGAUGAUGCUCAAGUGGGCCAGGGCGAGGAUCUACGGAAGUUCAUUCUUGCAGCCCUCAGUGCCAGCCACAGAAAUGUUGUAAACUGUGCUCUGUGCCACCGGGCACUCCCUGUCUUCGAACAGUUCCCUCUGGUGGAUGGAACUCUGUUCUUAAGCCCCUCAAGACAUGAUGAGAUCGAAUAUGAUGUUCCUUGCCACCUUCAAGGGAGACUCAUGCAUCUGUACGCAGUAUGUGUGGACUGCCUGGAAGGGGUUCACAAGAUCAUCUGCAUCAAGUGUAAGUCACGGUGGGAUGGCAGCUGGCACCAGCUGGGCACCAUGUACACCUACGACAUCCUGGCUGCUUCUCCCUGCUGUCAGGCCCGCCUGAACUGCAAGCACUGUGGGAAGCCAGUGAUCGACGUGCGGAUUGGCAUGCAGUACUUCUCUGAGUACAGCAACGUCCAGCAGUGUCCACACUGUGGGAACCUGGACUACCAUUUCGUGAAGCCAUUCUCCUCCUUCAAAGUUCUCGAAGCUUAUUGAUGAAAGCUUUGCUUUAGUAAUAGCUAUUUUAUUGAUAUUAUUACUUUAUUACAUAUCUUUUUUAGGGAAACAUUCUGUGACAUUAAUUUCUUUUCUAAUUUAAAGCAGAGUUACUUUGUAUGUGUGCCACUAAAAUGGGGACUGCCCUUUUCCCUGUCUUGAUUCCCAAAUGUUAGUCUUUGGUCAGGACCAGAUAGAUGAUCGAGUGAGUUUGGGUAGGGGUUUACUCUCACUAAGAGUCUGAUGCAGCUUUAAGGUUGUGGGGAGGAUGGCAUGGAUUUAGGAAGGGGAUUAUGUGGCUAUAAACGAAAAGCCUGAUAGGAGUUUGGAGGGAGCUCUUACUAAAAUGUUAACUAUAAAGACCCGCUUUUAGAUCCUCAGUGGACCUUGGGGAAACAUGUGACAAGUGAAUGUAAGUCUGAGCCUGGAGAGCAAAUAGUGUAUUAGGCUUUUGCAGCUUAGUAUUCUGCAGCACAUAUUGACAUGCAAUUUACUCUGACAGAUGAUUUGAAAGUGGACAUGAGUGCUGUUUCUUUCACUGUUGUAAUUUAACAGUCAGUUUUCUUACUGAAAAUAAUACCCAAAUUAUAAGAUAUCACAGUUGUUGGUGUUGCAAAUAUUUUUAGGUAAGCUGACCUGUAACAGAGACUUGUGAAAUGAAUUUGGAAAUGAUGUACACUGAAUCAAAAGGGCAGAAAGGCAAAACUUUGAUCAACUUCUAAGUCAAGAWUCAAAUGACAAACUAGCUCUUAAGGAUAAUCCUUACAUAACGUGACUUGGAAAGUAAUAGUUUAUAUAGGUUGCACUGUUGAAAGUGCUGUUUGGUACAUCCUUUUUGCAGGAAAUCUCUCAGUCACAGAACCUAAUGGGUAAGCUUCAGAACCAGUUUUUACAAACUUACUUCCUCAUAAUACCUCAUAGCCACACUUAGCACAUUUAAAAUUGAGUUUCCAAAAUUGAAUAGUUGAUCUAAGGAGGGAAAGAAAAAAAUUGAGAGAAUGAUGAAGAUAAUAAUUUUGAUACUUCUUGUUAAGGUGGGUUUCAUUUUGGAGAAUCACUAUAGUACAUAAUGAUAUAUCUCAAGAUCUCUAGGAUACUUUAUUUCUGCCCCGCCCCCAAAAAAUCACAUACAGAACUUUGGGCAUUCCAAAAUACAACCUUUUGUUCAUUAUAUCUUGGUGAUUUAAUACACUGAUACGCCAUGCCCUGGUAGAA